AUGCCCAACAGCAGCUCCAUCAGCGAGUUCCUCCUCCUGGCGUUGGCAGACACACGGCAGCUGCAGCUCCUGCACUUCUGGCUCUUGCUGGGCAUCUACCUGGCUGCCCUCCUGGGCAACGGCCUCAUCAGCACAGCCAUAGCCUGCGACCACCGCCUGCACACCCCCAUGUACUUCUUCCUCCUCAACCUCGCCCUCCUCGACCUGGGCUGCAUCUCCACCACUCUCCCCAAAGCCAUGGCCAACGCCCUCUGGGACACCACGGCCAUCUCCUAUGCAGCCUGUGUUGCACAGGUCUUUUUCUUUCUCUUCUUCCUCUCAGCAGAAUAUUCCCUUCUCACCAUCAUGUCCUAUGACCGCUACGUUGCCAUCUGCAAGCCCCUGCACUACGGGACCUUGAUGGACAGCAGAGCUUGUGCCACUAUGGCAACAGCUGCCUGGGGCAGUGGGCUUCUCUAUUCCCUGCUGCACACUGCCAGUGUAUUUUCAGUGCCUCUGUGCCAAGGCAACGCUGUGGAUCAGUUCUUCUGUGAAAUCCCCCAGAUCCUCAGGCUCUCCUGCUCAGAAUCAGAAUUUCUAAGGGAACUUGGACUCCUCAGUACUAGUGCCUUUAUUGGUGUUGGAUGUUUUGUCUUCAUUGUUGUGUCCUAUGUGCAGCUCUUCAGGGCUGUGCUGAGGAUACCCUCUGAGCAGGGACGGCACAAAGCCUUCUCCACGUGCCUCCCUCACCUGGUUGUGCUCUCCCUCUUUGUCAGCACUGCCAUGUUUGCCUACCUGAAGCCCCAUUCCAUUUCUUCCCCACCUGUGGAUUUGGUGGUGGCUGUUCUGUAUGCAGUGGUACCCCCUGUAAUGAAUCCUCUUAUUUACAGCAUGAGGAACAAGGAGCUCAAGGUUGCUCUGUCAGAACUGUUGAACAAAUGUGUUUCAAAAGCAAUGAACUGCUCAUAUUUUUCUGUACGUCAUCUGUAA